UUGUAACGCACAACUCAGUCCCUUCUCCCCGCCCACUACCUCAAACCCUACCGCCUCGCCGCCGCCGCCAUGGCCUCGUCGUCGUCUCCGGCGAGUAGCCACCCGCCUGGCCCGUUUGCUCUAGGGUUGGAGUCCUCGGCGAACAAGAUUGGCAUCGGCGUCGUCUCCAUCUCCGGGCAAAUCCUCUCCAACCCGCGCCAUACGUACAUCACCCCGCCAGGCCACGGUUUCCUGCCCCGGGAGACCGCGCAGCACCACCUCGUCCACCUACUCCCUCUACUCCGCGCAGCACUCGCCGAGGCCGAUGCCUCUCCUGCCGACCUCGCCUGCAUUUGCUACACCAUGGGCCCCGGCAUGGGCGGGCCUCUCCAGGUCGCCGCCGCAUCGGCCCGGGCUCUGUCGCUCCUAUGGGGGAAACCGCUUGUCGCCGUCAAUCACUGUGUUGCGCACAUUGAAAUGGGCCGCGCGGUCACCGGCGCCGUGGACCCUGUUGUGCUCUACGUCUCAGGUGGCAACACGCAGGUCAUCGCGUAUAGCGAAGGGAGGUACAGGAUCUUCGGUGAGACCAUUGAUAUUGCCGUCGGGAACUGCCUCGACCGCUUUGCGCGGAUCCUCGAGCUCUCGAAUGACCCCAGCCCUGGGUAUAACAUCGAGCAGCUUGCAAAGAAGGGAGAGAAGUUCAUCGACCUCCCUUAUGUUGUAAAGGGUAUGGAUGUGUCAUUUAGUGGCAUAUUGAGCUUCAUCGAAGCUGCAGCGAUUGAAAAGCUUGAAAAUAACGAGUGCACACCAGCAGACCUGUGCUACUCAUUGCAGGAAACUCUCUUUGCUAUGCUUGUUGAAAUCACUGAACGUGCCAUGGCACAUUGUGAUUCGAAGGAUGUUCUUAUUGUUGGUGGUGUUGGAUGCAAUGAACGUUUGCAAGAGAUGAUGAGGAUUAUGUGCUCAGAGAGAGGGGGUAGGCUGUUUGCAACUGAUGAUCGAUAUUGUAUAGACAAUGGUGCGAUGAUUGCAUACACUGGUUUACUGGCAUAUGCACAUGGUGUGACCACACCCCUGGAGGACUCGACAUUUACUCAAAGGUUCCGAACUGAUGAAGUUCAUGCAAUUUGGAGGGAGAAGGAGGUUCCAGUAUUAAAUAACACAGAUUCUGAUGCAGCGGCUGAAGUAUCCAUAGAUGGAACCUCUGGGCCGACUCCAAUUGCUGUAGAUUCCUGAGGUACUGUCAUAAUCCUGACCAAAUGAUUGCCAUUCUCCAUUCUGUCACAGGUGCUGGUGCCUUUUGUUGAUUAUUUCGGAAAGAUUAUGUUGCUGCAGAUAUGAGGCUUUGCUUGAUGAUUUGUAGAAAGCCUUGAAGGCUAAUGGCAGAGUGCCUCGUACAUUUUGUUCGUCAUGACUGACUGGAAUAUCUCACCAGUUGCAAGUGAUCUGCAAAAAGACAUUGCUAACUCCUCUCCCUGUUCCAAAUUAUUUGAAGGUCUAGGUUUGUCCCAAGUUAAAACCUUGUUAAGCUUGACCAAGUCUAUAGAAAAAUGAACCAACAUCUACAACACAAAUUAGCUUCAUUAGAUUCAUCAUAAAAUAUAUUUUCAUACUAUACAUAUUUGAUGUUGUAGAUAUUAGUAAUUUUUUCUAUGAACUUUAUCAAACUUGUAAGAGUUUGACUUAGGCAAAGCUAGAACUUUUGAGUAAUUUGGGACAGAUGGAGUAUCUCGUAAUAUGGAUCUGUUGAUUGACGCUA